CAGAACGGCGUGCUUCAUUCAAAGAUUUGAAGUAAAAAUAUAGAAUAAAGUUACAAUGUUAUGUCCUGAGGUAUUGGAUUUCAAACCACCACGAAAUCAUAUCAAUGUUGAAAGAAUAAAUUAUAAGAGAACGGAUGAUCCUGCCACAAUUGUCAAACAUUAUUUUAAUCAUGUAGUAUCCUUUAUAUUUCCGGAAUCGAAUAAUAUUCCAGACAGUGUGAAAAAUUGUAUUUCAGAUGAUAGCGAUUAUUAUAAAAUUAAAGACCUUCAUACCUCUGAAUUGUUAAACCAAGAAUUUAUUGAAGCAUUUAUUAAAAAGGGAGAAUUAACACUACUAACAAUUGGAAAUAAAAUAGAUUUAUGUAAUACCAUAGCUGUUACUCCAAAUGGUAUUUUGAUAAUUUCAUUGAUACGCGAAGAUUUUCAAAAACUUGGAUUAGAAGGAAAUGAUUCUGCUUUUGAUUAUAAGACAAAUACGCGAAAUGUUGUGAAAAUUGAUUUAACGGCUAACCAUUUUGUACCUGGUAAGAAGAAUUAUGAACGAGUUAAAAUAGCAUUAGAGAAACAUCUUGAUCUGAUUUUCGAUGUAAUAUUAAUAUGGGAACCACCAGAUGAAAAGACGUGUCCAUCUUCGGUUGCUGCAUGGUUUCACGAACAUGGAUAUAAUGUUUCACUUUGUCGUCAAAAGGUUUCACAAAGAACCGAAUAUCGUGUUAAUAUACCUACUGUCAUUGAUGGGUUUAUUGUUAAUGACUUUUUUGAAUGGCUUGGAGUUUUUAGUAUUUCUGGAGAAAUAAAUAAUGAAAAAACAUCAAAAUAUGUAAGUACAUAUGAAUGUCCAAAACCAAAUAUAUUGGUAGAUCAAGUAAACUAUCUACAAUAUACAGGAUUUUUUUCUAAUCGAAGAAUUAUACAAAUUUAUAAUGCUAUGAGAGAAUAUGUACCAUUACAAAAUAAUUUACCAUGGUGCAGUUUUCAUGUGCAAGGAUUUUCAGAUAGUCCUGUUAGUUGGGAUUUGAAAGAACAUACAUUUUUUACAGAUGGUGACAAUAGUUAUACUGUUUUAUUUUGUCCUAAUGCCAAAUGUAUUAUAAGAAAAAGUUUAUGUUCUAACAAUAAAUCAAGAAUAACCUUAUAAAUUUUAA